GUUUCUUCCGCGCUUCCGCCAAUCAAAUUUAAUUUGAGUACUGUGUGGUCGGGCGCUGGACGUUCAAUAAAUUAAAAUUUGGCACAUUUAAUUAUUACAAUCAAAAUAAAAUAGGUGGACUUAAAAUUAAGAUUCAAGUUUAAUAAAUUGAAAUUUCGCCGAAAUGUCUGUGUGUAAAUUUGUACCGAAUGUUUCAAGCCGUAAUUUCGGCAGAAUAAGUGCCGCGUUGAGUAGUGCAAAGUAUAGCAGAAGUUAUUUUACGUAUACUCAAGAAUUAUCUCAGCCUUUGGACAGGGUACCGGAACGUUUGAAUGCUAAACAGGCGUUUGAAAAAUGGUUGAAAUCCGGUCAAACUGUAUUCGUCCAGGGCGCGGCCGCGACUCCGGUGCCUCUUCUACACGCCAUGACAGAUGUUGGCAAAAGUGGCGGGAUGAAGGGCAUCAAAGUUGUCCAUAUGCACACGGAAAAGGAAGCCCAAUAUGUCGCCCCUGAGUGCCAAGACAUCUUCAGAUCUGUAUCUCUGUUCAUGGCCGCAAAUGUCCGCAAGUCAGUGGCAGAGGGACGAUCAGACGCCAUCCCCAUAUUCCUGCAAGACAUUCCUAAGCUAUUCCACAGGAAGAUCAUCCAGCCCGACAUUGCUGUUAUCCAGGUUUCUCCCCCUGAUGCGCAUGGCUACUGCAGCUUGGGAACCUCUGUGGACUGCGUGAGAGCGGCACUGGUCAAUUCUAAAGUCAUCAUUGCUCAAGUGAACGCACACAUGCCUCGUACGUUUGGCGACGCGAUCAUCCACAUGUCUCACAUUGACACCGCCGUGGAAGACAACACGCCGCUGCCUGAGCACGGGGGCAAGGCCGCCAGCCCUGAGGAGACAGAGAUCGGCAAGCUCAUUGGACAGAAUCUCGUUGAAGAUGGAGCUACUCUGCAGAUGGGUAUCGGAAGCAUUCCCGACGCAGUGCUGUCUGCUCUGAAGGACCACAAGGAUCUCGGUAUCCACUCUGAGAUGUUCAGCGUCGGAGUCAUCGACCUCGUCAGGCGCGGCUGCAUCACUAACAACAAGAAAAAGACUCAUAGAGGCCGCAUGGUGGGCAGUUUCCUCGUUGGUAACAAGGAAUUGUACGACUUCGUUGACAACAACCCCUUCAUUGAAAUGUUGGAGAUCGACUACGUGAACAACACGCACAUCAUUUCACUGCUGCCCAAGAUGACGGCCAUCAACUCCUGCAUUGAAGUCGACCUGACUGGACAAGUGUGCGCUGACUCCAUCGGUACACGCAUGUUCUCCGGUUUCGGUGGUCAGGUGGACUUCAUCCGCGGUGCAGCGGAGUCCGUGGACGGAAAGGGCAAGCCCAUCAUUGCUCUCGUGUCAGUCACUAAGAAGGGAGAGUCCAAGAUUGUGCCUACACUCAAAGUUGGUGCUGGAGUAGUAACGAGCCGUGCCCACGUACACUAUGUCGUCACUGAACAAGGUAUCGCAGACUUGUUCGGCAAGUCUCUCAGGCAGAGAGCAUACGAACUGAUCAAGAUCGCCCACCCCGAUCAUCGCGAAGCUUUAGAAAAGGCCGCAUUUGAGCGCCUCAAGUGCAUGCCUUCACCUUAAUAAAAAUAUUAAAAAAAAAUGUUUUGCAAAUGGCGGACAUUUGAGUGGAUGUAGGUUUUUAACUUGUCUAUGUAUGGAUUCUUGGCUUUCUAGGAACAUCUAUGUUAUGUUACUGUGAUUGCUUUCCUAUUUGCGACUCGAAUCGAGUUUACAAGAUAUUUAAAUCAAAUUAUUGCGUUGUUGCAAAUUAGUUAUUAAGUUUUAACGCUUUUUCAAUAUUACUAUUAUUGUUUUAAGUAAUAAUAUUGUUAUAAAAGCGAAAUAAGGAGCACUAAGGAGUACAGAUUUUAACGCAAUAUUCUUCUACAUAUAUUCUUUUUCUAUAUUGCUUUUGUGUAGUAAAGCAAUCGCUGUAAUAUAAUGUUAAAUGAGUAAUAUAACGUUUGGACAAUUGUGUGACUAUGCACAAUAGGGUUCCGUAGUGUGUAAUAAGUAGAAAAGUGGUAUUUUUAAAGAAAUCACUAGAUCAUGUUUCGAGUUUUACAAAACUAAAUGUUAAGAUUGAUCAAAUGGUAUCUUGUGAAGGUUAGAGGGUUCUUAUACUAGUACAUUCUAUCUGUUUUAUUUGUAAGAUAUUUUCAAAAGCAAGCAAUGUUCAAGAAACUAGAUUUUUUCAUGAAGAGAUCAAGCUUGCAUAUCCUCUAAAGGGCCUAUGACUGAGUUACCAACCUAAAAAAAUCUUAAAAUAGUGUUCCUAUUGCCAUUUGAAAAUGGAACAUGACAUGACUAUCUUGCAGUUAAAACUUAUUGAGAACUUUUGAAGGAGUGGUGAAACAAACCCUAUAAUAAGCAUAUUUAUCAAUUUUACGUAGGUUAUUCAUCUUAUAUUCGGUAAACUAUAAUAUUCAUAAGAUUUUAUUUUAUAAUUAUUUUAACUGUAAACAAGUAUUCUUUUUCUAUAUCGUAUUUGUUGUAAAAUCUUAUAUUUUUUUUUGUUAUCUCUAAGUUUGUAAGUCCUUUUGUUCUUUACAAUAAAUUAUUUUUAUUCAAAGACAAUACUUGAGAGUUUUAAAUAAUUUUAUAAUAAGCCCAACCCCAGAAUAUUAUAUUUUGUAAUGAUGAUAUUUUUUAUCUGUGGAUUUGCAUGAUUGUGUCAACAGUUUGUAUAUUUUUAACAUUGUUGUUGAAUUUAUUAACCCAAUUUUGGUGUUAAUAAUAACUUGACGAAGUUAAAUACUUACUGACGGAACCCUACACUAAAAUUUAAAUUCGACUUUCCAAUUUGACUCUUACGUAGUGGGAAUAGAAAUAAUCAAGCUAUCUUGUAUUUGAACACGGAAAUAAAAUUAAAUAGUAGUCUAUUACUACUUGAAGUUAGGAACAAAAUACUGAUUGUUUUAAAAAAAAAAGUUGGAUGCGGUUAAUCUUAGGGUCAUUUCGUGUAUUAGAUUGCUAGAAAAACACAGCCUACAUAAAUGUUAUACAAAAUCAUGUUAAUGAACUAUUUUAGAGUUAUGGUGAACAAAAUCAAAAUAUACAUGCGCAUUGCAAACAAAAAGUAAGUAGGUAAAGAAAGAAUUUUACUCGUAUAUAUAAUGCCAACAAGCGAAAAAGCGAAACGUGAAUAAAAUAUAUCAAUGGUAUUUUAUAGUCAAACGUCAAUCCCAUCUAAUAAAAUAUAAAAAAAAAAUAUUAAAAAGAAAAAAUCAGUUGCGUUUUAUUUUCAACAGCUCAAAUUGUUGGCGCUAUAUCUCCGAGUAAAACUUUUUUUGUUAGUUUUGAAGAUAAGAUCCGUUUGGACAUAUUUAUAUUUUAAGUGUUACUAUUUUCGUGCAUAAGUCAUUUUAUAGUAUACAACGCUGAUAUUGUAUGUUACUGAAAUAAAUAAAAAGUUCAUUAGAA